AUGAUUUUAAAUUUUAAAAUAUAAAUUAUUUUAUUCCAUUUAUUUAAAGAAACGUGUUAGUUUUAUUGGAUUACUGAUUGUAAUUAUACUUUCUUUUCAUUUAGUUUUAUUAAGAUACCUGAUAGUUGUUAUGGAGAUAAAAUUUGUUUUUAAAAAUUACUUUAAAUUACUAUUGCUGGCAUAAUUAGAUUCGUUAUUUGCUUUGUAUGGUCUAUUAUUUAUAUUUAUAUUACAGAAUUAUUUCCUACAACUGUUAGAAACCUAGCUUUAGGAUUUAGUUCAUCUGCAGGAACUAUUGGUAGCACAGCCGCACCAUAUGUCAAACUAAUAUGCUUAAGAAUUAAUUUAUCAUCUAUGGUUCCUUUAGGAUUUAUUGGAAUUGCCGGACUUGUAUGUCUUAUUCCUUUAAAAGAAACUAAGGGAGAAAAACUAAUAGAUUAAAUUGAAGAAUUAAAUAAUUAGGAAGAUGAUUUGUUUGCUGUUGAAAGAGACACAAGUGACUCUUUAAUAGAAUCAACAAAAACACAUUUUCUUAAUAUUUAUUUUAAAUGUAUUAAUUAUGCAACUCUUGACCCUAUGAAAAUAUAAUCUUUAAAAUAAAAUAAUUAUGAUCUUGAUAUUAUUACAUAUGAAUUGCUUCAUGAUGAUUGGGAACUUUAAACAAAUAAAAAUAUUUAUGAAGAAAUAUAAUAUGCACUUAGAAUUUUCGAUAUAGAUUAAAGCUUAUUUUAUAUAGAAUUUAUUAUGAAUAUAGAUAUUAAAACUAUUAAAAAGUUAAAUGAUAAUUGUGAAAAAUUAAGAAUUUAUCAUGUUUAAAAAAGCGAAUUUCAACCUGAAUAUAUAGGAUCUAAUGGAAACGAUAUGUAUACUUUUUAUGGAUUUGGAAUAUUAAGAGAAUUUAUUGAAGUUUUUUAAAUAAAAUAUCGUUCAAUAAUAAAAAGUAUAAGAUAUCUAAGUUUAGGGUAUAGCAUUAUAAAAAUAGUUUAUAUUUUAGUUUAUAAAUAAGCAUAUAUUAUUAAUACAAUUUAAGAUUGUUUAGGAUUAUUUAUUCUAUUACUUUUUUUGUCAACUUUACAUUACUUACAAUGUAACACAUUUCAUGAAAUUAUUUUUGGAAUUGUAGAUAUGAAAAGAAAAGUUUUUAUGAUGGAAUAAUUAGCUUUUUUAAUUUCUCCAAGAAAGAUAAAAUCAAUAGAUUCAGAUAAAAUAUUCCCUACAAUAAAUAUUUUUAAAGGAUUAAAUUUAAAAGGAUGGUUAUUACUACGAUAAGUAUGUCAAGAAUAUGGUAAGAAAUAUGAAUUUAGACAAUAAUAUACUUUUUAAGGAGUUUUUGUUAUGGGAAUGGUUGGAAUAAUAUCAAUAGCUUUAUAAUUUUUUGAAAUAUUUAAGAUGGAUGAAUAUAUUAAUGUAUUAAUAAUUUUCGAUACAUGCUUAGUUUUUAUAAUAUUGAUAAUUAUAUUUUAUUAUGGGGCUUAUAUCAAUAGCAUGUAUGAUUUACAUGAUUUUAUUUUAAAUUAAAAUAAGAUUAUUGUUUAAGAUAUAUGUAGACUGAAAAAUAAAUACUUUGAAUCAGAUUUUAAAUCUUCGAAUUUUAUAUAUUCUAAGGCAAUUUAAAAAAUAAAUUAAGAAAUUAAAAAUUUACAGAAUAUAGAUAUAUAAUCAUAUUUAAAUGAUUUAGUUUUAUAGUAUAAUUAAAUUAUUUCUGAAUUAUAGUUUUUAAAGGAAAAUAAUGCUUUUAAAAUUAUAAAUAUAAAAGCUACUUUUAAUUUGUUAGAAAAAUGUAUUGUAGGUAUAUCGAGUAUUGCUAUUACUUUCAUAGGAAAAUAUUUAAGUGAAAAUUAUAUAAAACUUGAUAGAUAACAUUUCUUUUUUAAUAAAAUAAAAAAAGUAAAUAUAAAGGAAUAAAAAAAAAAAAAAUUUUUGCUUUGUAAAUAUUUUCUAUUAAUUUUAUAAAAAUAAUUUAUUGUAAAAAAUAAAUUAAAUUUAUUUAUUUUUAAAUCAAAUUAAAAAAAAUAUAUUAUAAAUAUAAAUUUUUUAAAUAAUAAAAUAAUAUUACAAAUAACAUAUAUGUUAAAUAUAUAAUAUAUAUUAAUAUAAUAAAAAAGAUUUUUAAAAAAGAUAUUUUAGAGAAAAAAAAUUAAAAAAAUAAAAAUAAAAAUUAAAUAUAUAUAUAAUAUAUAUAUAUAUAUAUUCUUAUUUUUUAUAUAUUAAUAUAAAAUUAUUUAAGAACAAAAAAAAUAUGUAUUAAAUUAAUUCUUAUCAUAAUAUAAAUCAUUUUUUAAUAUAUAAUUAGAAUAUACGAUUUAAUACUUGUAAUUUAAGUUAACAUAAUAAUAUUGUGAAUGA